UCCUCAAGAUGGACCAAAGAACGCGAUACACGACCGGGUGCUGCAGCAGUUAAGCAUAGGGCUGUGUCGGGAAAUGGGUUUACCCGCACUAGUGCUCUGCGUUCGACAUCACGGUUCUAAAAGAGCCUCUCCUGGAGAAGCUCCUAUUGUUGCCUUUCCGAAUGUUGUUAUCGUACCUUAAUGAAGGGAUACACACUGACCUUCUUCAAGCGGCCGAUGAAAUUACUCUUUGGAUCGAACCUCCCUGCCGAAUUCCACGGCUAUCUCCACGCGAUCUUCCCCAAAUCCCCCACCACUAAUUCACUUUUGAUCCCUGCAUAUAAGCAUUUUCUGGUCUUGCCAGUGAUUCUACAUAAUAAACGUGUGCAGGCGCCACUGUUUUUGGUACACAUUCGUAUAUGUUGUGCAUUGGUUUCUUCAGACCAACCGCCCCGCCCCCUCAAACCUCCAACCCAAUAUCUCCGGCAUUGCCCUGUCAUACCUCGACAGGCAUGCCAACCGCAUUCACACCUCGUGCCUACUACACAUAACGACUUUACAUACUGGUUUCUCGUCCGAAUUUUCAUUCCCUCGACUUCGUUCUUUUUUUUUUCUUUUUCUUUUUUAAUCGUUUCGCAGUUUGGGUGAUCAUGAAGGUUUGGGACAAAUCGAGGAACUGGUUCCUGGGCGGCGAAGUGAAAACUUGGGUCUGGCUUAUCCCUUCCUAUUUUCCUUUCAUCUCGCUAUGAGUUACUCUACUAUAGGUAUCAGGUAUCAUUAUUUUUAUUCGUCUCGAUAUGUCACAUUUUCCCCCGUCCGGUGCAGCCUUGAUUUGACUAUUCAUGCCGUGAGUAUGCGUGGACUAUUGUGUCUAGCUUGGAAAGGUUGUUAU